AGCAUUUUCAUGUACUGCUGUUUCUAUCUGAUGCAGAAAGUUUCUAGCAAAUCAACGGCAACAAAGAAAGUUUUGUGGAGGUCGGUUAAGCUUUUUCUUUUUGGUGUCAUUCUUCAAGGUGGGUACUUUCAUGGGCGAGGCGAUCUAAGUUAUGGAGUUGAUAUAGAGAGGAUUAGGUUGAUGGGCGUGUUACAGAGGAUUUCAAUUGGAUAUCUCCUCUCAUCAUUACUGGAGAUUUGGCUUGUUAGCAACAUUCCUGCUGAGUCACCAAUGAAAUUUGUGAGGAGAUACUGGUGGCAGGGUCUGGUUGCAUUUGUACUUGGUAUAUUGUACAUGGGCUUACUAUAUGGCCUCUACGUUCCAGACUGGGAAUUUGGAGUAGAUAGACUCAACAGCAGCUCAGUGGUACCACAGUAUACAUCAUGUGCAGAAACUGUUCAUUGUAGUGUUCAAGGAAGUCUGAAACCUCCAUGCAAUGCGGUUGGCUUCAUUGAUAGACUUAUCCUUGGUGAAAAUCAUCUAUAUCAACACCCUGUCUAUAGAAGAACCAAGGAAUGUAGUAUCAAUUCUCCUGAUUAUGGACCGUUGCCUCAAAAUGCGCCUGAAUGGUGUCUUGCUCCAUUUGAUCCUGAGGGUAUUUUGAGUUCUUUGAUGGCG